CGGGACCGGGAAUCCCUACACGGCCGCUCCAUGGCCGAUCCCAUCCCGGUUCCCGUGGGGAUCCUGCGGCUCCCGCGGGGCCCCGACAGCUCCGGCAGCCGCGGCUUCGACCGGCACCGGGACCGGCACCGGGACCAGCCGGACCAUUCCCGGGACCAUUCCCGGGACCUCGCCGCUGUCCAGGGCGCCCGGGCCGCGCUCCGGGCUCGGUUCCUGCGGCUCCUGGCGGGCCGGGGGAAGCGGAGCCGGUUCUGCCUCUGGAACGGGCUCCGGGUCCUCGCCGACUUCGGGGCCGCCGAUGUCCAGUCCGGGGCCUUCCAGGUGGAUUCUCUGCGGACCCCUCUGGGAGUUCAGGCCUCGGCCCUGCUGCGCUCUGGGGAUGUUCUGGAAUUUCCUUCCCUCUGGAAUAACCCAGCAAUUCCUGCAAUCGGCCCCAAGGGAAUAAAUCCAUUUUCCUGCUUUUCCACAUCCUUACAUUUCCCCCCUUUUUCCUGA